UACACCCCUCACCUGCACACACACACACAUAACACACAUACACCCACACCCACCGUCGCCUCCUCCACCUGCUCUGUUCCCCUUCAUUCCUGCUCACUCCCCCACGGUAGCCUGACCGGAUGAGUUACCCGGUGGACUCGAUAGGGAGCCCCUUUAGGAGAAAUAUGGAUACUAGGACCAGCUAUGGCUACAGCCGCACUGGUAGCACUCCCACCAGCGGCUUCCGCUCCCAGUCGUGGUCCCGGGCGAGCCCUGGAUCCACUAUGACCUCCUCCUACAAGAGGAGCGUCAACAUGCCGGUGUCCCGAGCCUACAGCUCCACGGUGCUCAGCUCCGCCGACAGCGUUGAUUAUAGUCAGAGCCCCAUUCUGAACGGAGACUACAAGCGAUCUAAUGAGAAGGAACAACUUCAGGGGCUCAAUGACCGCUUCGUUGUUUACAUCGACAAGGUGCACUUCCUGGAGCAGCAGAACAAGCAGAUCGAGGCGGAGAUCCAGGCUCUGCGGCAGAAGCAGGUAUCCCGCACCCAGCUGGGAGACCUCUACGACCAGGAGCUGCAGGAGCUGCGCUCCAUGCUGGAGCAGAUCCACCAUGAAAAGGCUCAAAUCCAGCUCGACACGGACCACAUCGAGGAGGACAUCCAGCGGCUCAGGGACCGCUUCGAGGAGGAGGCGCGCAUCCGGGAGGAGUCAGAGGCGAUAAUCCGCGUCCUGAAGAAGGACACGGGCGACUCGGAGUUGAUGAAGUCUGAGUUGGAGAAGAAAGUUCAGUCUCUGCAGGAUGAGAUCGCUUUCAUCCGCAACAACCACGAAGAGGAGGUGAGCGACCUCAUCGCCCAGAUCCAGGCGUCUCAGGUGACCGUGGAGAGGAAAGACCUCCAGAAGGCAGACAUCACCGAGGCUCUGCGGGAGAUCCGCUGCGAGCUGGAGGGCCACUCCAACCAGAACCUGCAGCAGGUGGAGAACUGGUUCAUGUGCCGCUACACCAAGCUGACGGAGGCUGCUGAGCAGAACAAGGACGCAUUAAAGUCCGCCCGGGAUGAGAUCGCCGACUACCGCCGCCAGCUGCAGACCAAGACGGUGGAGCUCGAGUCUGUCCGCGGUACCAGGGACUCUCUGGAGAGGCAGCUCAAUGAAAUCGAGGACCGCCACAACAGCGACCUGGCCAGCCUGCAGGAGACAAUUCACCAGCUGGAUAAUGAGCUCAAGAGCACCAAAUGGGAGAUGGCUCGCCACCUGCGUGAGUACCAGGACCUGCUCAAUGUCAAGAUGGCCUUGGAUAUCGAGAUUGCUGCAUACAGGAAACUCCUAGAGGGUGAAGAGACCCACUUCAGCACUUUCCCAUACCGCCAACCUGGCAGCAUCAAAAUCUCAAAGCCUAAAUCUGACGCCCCCAAGCUGAAGGUGCAGCACAAGUUUGUGGAGGAGAUUAUCGAGGAGACAAGGGUGGAGGAUGACAAAACCGACAUUGACGAAGCCUUGGCAGAGAUCGCACAAGAGCUGUCAGCCACACUUGGAGAUGGAGGAGAGGAAGGAGAAGGGGAAGGAGGAGAAGAGGAAGGAGAAGCUGAGGGAGAAGGAGAGGAAGCAGAAGGUGAAGGUGAUGAAGGAGAAGCAGAGGGUGAAGAGGAAGAGGAAGUUGUAGCUGCCACCGAAGCCAAAGUUAGCUCAAGUGAACCCACAAAGGAGGAAGGGGAGGAGGAUGAUGAAGGAAAAGGUGGUGAUGAGGAAGAAGAGGGGGAGGGAGAAGGUGAAGAGGAGGGAGAGAAAGAAGAAGAAGGUGAAGGAGAGGGAGAGGGUGAAGGAGAAAAGGGUGACGAUGCAGAGGGAGGAGAUGAAGGAGAAGAGGGAGGAGAGGAAGGGGAGGAAGUAGAAGAGACAGUGCUGUGCUCUAAAGCUCCAGAGUCUAAAGCUUCCCCUGACAAAGAGAAGGCCGGAGAUAAGGAGGCCAGUGGAGGAGAGGAGGAAGGCGGUGCUGAAGAGGAAGGUGGAGAUCAGGUGGAUGAUGCUGGAAGUGAUAAAGUAUCCAAGAGUGGUGAUGAGAAAGAUGAAAAAGAGGAUGCAGACAAAGGUAAGAAGGAGGAAAAAGAUGAGAAGGUAAAAGCAGAGAAGUCAGAAGAAGUCGUAGCCAAGACUGAAGCUCCCAAAACAGAAUCUGCAAAACCUGAAGCCAAGAAAGAAGAGCCUGCCAAGAAAGACGCAUCAAAACCUAGCUCUCCAAAAUCUGAAUCUCCUAAACCUGGAUCCCCAAAGUCAGAAUCACCUAAGCCUGAGUCUCCUAAAUCCGAAUCCCCUAAGCCUGCAUCUCCAAAGGCUGGAUCCCCAAAACCAAGCUCUCCAAAAUCUGAGUCCCCUAAAUCCGAAUCCCCCAAACCUGGAUCUCCUAAAGCAGAAUCACCAAAGAAAGAAACCGCCAAGCCUGAACCUCCAAAGGCUGCAGAGGAGAAGUCAGAGAAAAAGAGUGACGCCACAGAAGAGAAGAAGGUAGAAAAGAAAGACGUGGCAAUGAAUGGUGACAUAGACAAGAGCAGCCCAGAGGAGAAAGGAAAGAAAGAAGAGGAAAAAGAAUCCGACGUGAUUGCUAAUGGUGUAGACGAGAGCCCAGUGAAGGAAGACGGUAGCCAGAAGGUUGUGAUCACCAAAACGGUGGAGACGAUCACAACCGGAGAGGAUGGAUCCAAGCACGUCACCAAAUCCAUCACUGUGACCGAGACGGUGAAGGAGGUAGAAGAGGUCGAGGAGGUGAUGCAGGAGAAGCUGGUCUCCAGCAAGAAAACGGAGAAGCACUCCACUCAGUCUAUCAAGCAGGUGACGGAGGCUGACUGAGCAACAUCUAAGAGGCUGAUCCAGCAAAGGAGGGGGUCAGAGGAGGAGGGGGCCAGAGGAGAAGACCCGAAGACAAGCAAUCAAACCAGAACUAACAUAACAAAGAAAAUCAUACAGCUAGAGCGACGUAAUAAAGAUAACCACUCUCAAACAUACAAAACAAAGCAUAGAGAGAAGCCGAAAACUUAAUGCUACAAAACUUCAAAAAUGCAUGUUGAGUGACAGCUUUCAAUGGGCUUCGCUGCAGAUGCGGUCAGGAGCAAGCGACUGAGACAUUUUAUCCUCUUUUUGUUUCUUUCUGCUGUUCAGGGGUGAGCUCACAGGGAGGGAGGGGGGUCUGUGCAUGCUAGCUCAGGAGAGGGGAACAUUUUCCUCUCAUAUCUGUAUGUAUGGUAGAAAUACACUGUAAAAACAGUACAUAUGUUAAAGGAAUACGUGAUAUUUGGGUGGGACAGUGUGAGAGUUGUUAUGAGUGUUGAGGAGAUUUUUGAGUUUAAGUAAAGGAAGGGGACAGGCAGGUGGGAGGGUCUCACUGAAGAAGCCUUACUUGACAAGUGAAGAUACCAACUGAGCCAAAAAGAAUCUAACAACAAAUACACAACACACAGUGAAGAAAGAAACAGGCAGCGAUAUGAUGAACACAUGACCAUAUACAUCCAGUAACUGAAGCAGUAAAAGCUUAAACCUGAAGAAACUCCUAGCCUUAAACAUGCUUUUUAUCCGUGUCUGUUAUGUUUACCUGAGUGCAACUGAAAAAAAUAAAACUGUAAAUGCGCACAUUACAUGCAUUCUUGUAUGCAUAGGAUGGACUUGAAUUUAAAUACAGAAAUAAAUGAGGUGCUACUGUUUGCAAUCCCAUGACUUUACUCAUCAUGAACGAUUUCCCAGCAGCAUUUGCUCAAUAAAUGUCAUAAUGAA